AUUAGACUCACUGGAGAGUGCACAGGUCGACUUUAAAAGAUUAAAGCGCCAUUUCGGGGGCGGGAUCAAUCAAACAAACGUAUUGAUUGACCUAAUUCAUAAUCGGCGCGUGAUGGAUUGUGAGGUAACAGAACAAAAGGGACUUUGAAGUCAGAAUUAUGGCAAACUGUCACAACUACUACAAUAAUACUAAGGAAUAAAGUCAAAGUAAUGUGAUUUUAUCACAACGAUUGGGAGUUGAGGAAAGUAAAAUAACACUAUUUUCAUUCCACUUGAAGAUUGAAUAACGACACGUGGAAUAAGGUAAAGAUAUCCUGGUUUAAUAAGCAGCAGAAUGCCACAAAUGACUGUAUUUACCUCUGUAUAAAUCAAACACAAGUUUAACAUAAGAAGAGAGUUUUAAAUAUGACAUAAGAGUAUCACUUUGCAUAGCGCCUGCGUACAGUGAAUGAUGGCUGUGAGAGUUACUCUUCAUUAAGAUUUUUAAUUUAUGGUCAGAAUUAUUGGUAAAAUGAAUAUUAUUAACACAGACACAGUCAGCAUUGUUUCAGGUGUUCUUCCUCUUUUUGGAUGUUCAAGCUCAUGUUCUUUUCAGGGUCAAAUAUGUUCAAACAACCUUCCUAUUCAGAUUGGACCUUUGUUCUGCCUCCAGCAGACGUGUCCACGCCUGUGAUUGGUCAACACGCUGUCAAGCCCCGCCCUCUUCACGACGUCCCCCGCUCACAGCCACUUUGACAGUCACGUGCGUUCAAGGACGUGGUGUGAAGGUGGUGUUAAAUGUCCGCACUGCUGCUGGAGGCUUUUUCUCAUCCACUUCUGACUCUUAACCUUCGUGAUGAAACGCCACCAGCAGCCAUUUGUGGGGGGCUCGAGUGGCCCGGGUUCAGUGUGACCCCCCCCCCCCUCAGAGCGCCACCAGUGAAAGGAAUCCCUCCAACCUGGAGUCUGGGUUUUUGUUCUCUUAGAAACUGUAAGCUUUUGACAUUAGAAUCGCAGACGAAUCUCUUUUCUUUUAGCAAAUCAUAACACAACUUUACGGGAUUUAAUACCACAAAGAAAGCAGAACACGAAGAACAGACAAUAGUGGCGAUUCCUCCCUACGAAGCACUUUCACUUCUCCAUCUGUGAAGACAUGUUUUUUUUAAAAUUAGUUUCUACUUCCUUUGGGUUAAUUUCUCAUACAUUUUGGUCCUUUUCAAAAAUAUAUGGAAGAAUUUUAUUCUAAAAAAAAAAACCCUCCACUGGAUCUUCAGUAGAAAAUAGAAUGUUUUUCCACCUUGGGUGAAGUAGUCAUGCAGUCUGUCCGAAGGAGCCUCCUUCGAAGAAAUGUCACAAUUUCCUUUACUCAGUCUUCUAUUCGCAGCUAUGUUUGCAUCUGUUUUAAAUGUGAGGAUUCAGUUCCCUGAAAGCACUUCUCCUUUUCCCUCAUGGAUAAAUGAAGAUGGACAGAAAGAGGGACGUUUACUCGUUGUCUCUCGACUGUUGAGGUGCACCGCUGCCUCCUCGCCUGCUACAGAUAUGGAUCAAGUUCCUCAAACCACAGAAGAUUACUGGGUGUAUGACUACGAUAACGUCACCUGGUCCACUGACACCAGCCGCUCCCUGGCCGCCCCGUGCCAGCAGGAGGACCGCUACGGGUUUGCACAGAGGUUCUCCCCCGUCGUGUACACCCUGGUGUUCCUCAUGGCCCUCGUGGGCAACGUGCUGGUGCUUUGCGUGAUCCGACGCUACCGGAGCUCCCAGAGCGGCGGCGCGUGCGCCUUCUCCCUGACGGACACCUUCCUCCUUCACCUGGCCAUCUCGGACCUGCUGCUGGCCUUCACGCUGCCGCUGUUCGCGGUGCAGUGGGCGCACCAGUGGGUGUUCGGCCUGGCCGCCUGCAAGCUGUCCGGCGCCCUCUUCUCCCUGAACCGCUACAGCGGCAUCCUGUUCCUGGCGUGCAUCAGCUUCGACCGCUACCUGGCCAUCGUGCACGCGGUGGGCUCCGGCUGGAAGCGCCGCGCCGGCCACGCGCAGGUCGCCUGCGCCCUCAUCUGGGCGUGCUGCCUGGGGCUGAGCGGCGUGGACAUCGCCUUCAAACAGGUGGAAGAGGUGCACACCGGGGACAAUCGGACGGCGCUCCUGUGCACGGUGUGGUUCACCGAAAACUCCACCCAGUGGCGGGUGGCGCUGCAGCUGGUGAGCGUGCUGCUGGGUUUCGGGCUGCCCUUGUUGGUGAUGCUCUACUGCUACGUCCGCAUCUUCAAGUCGCUCUGCAACGCCACCCGUCGGCAGAGGCGCAAGUCCCUGCGCCUCAUCGUGUCCCUGGUGUCCGUGUUCGUCGUCUGUUGGGCGCCGUACAACGGCUUCCAGCUGGCGGAGGGUCUGCACGGGCUGGGCGCGCUGGCCGGCGGCUGCCGGUUCGGCCACGUGAUGGACGUCGGGACGCUGAUCACCGAGAGCUUGGGGCUGUCGCACUGCGCGCUGAACCCUCUGCUGUACGGCUUCGUCGGGGUGAAGUUCCGCAGGGAGCUGGGCAGGAUGUGCGAGGGGCUGCUGGGGGGGAGGGGGGCGCGGGGGGCGGAGGGCUGGAAGCAGAGGAGGCUCAGGAAAAGCACCGGCUCCUUCAGCUCGGCGGAGAGCGAAAACACCGCGUACUCCGUCAUGGUGUGACGCGAGGAGGAGGGCGGCGCGUGGACGUGUGCGUGUGCACGUGUGCAGG